AUGGACGUUCCUGUUGCGGCCAACGUGCUUGGCACACUUGGAGCUCGCCUUAUGCAGGUUUGUUGGUCUAUUCAGCUUAUACCCCAAAUCGUGGUCAAUUACCGACGACACAAUGCGACUGGUCUUCAGUCAUCGAUGAUGAUGUUGUGGGCCUGGGCGGGAGUCCCUCUUGGAGUAUACAACAUUGUUGAGGAGUUCAACAUUGCACUGCGUAUACAGCCUCAAAUUCUCACGUUUCUUAGCUUGGUAACAUGGAUCCAAUGCUACUACUACCAGAGGGGAUGGACUGUUUCACGAUCAAUGCUUACCCUGGCGCCGAUUGUGGUCAUCAUGGGCGGCUGUCAAGCUGCCCUAAUAGUUGGCCUUGGAGUUCUCAGACACCAAGGUGUUGACUGGCCAAUGACGGUCAUGGCUGUGCUAUCCGCCAGUCUCCUUGGUGCAGGUGUGCUGAGCCAUUACUGGGACAUCUGGGUUCACCGCACUGUCCGAGGGAUAUCGUUUAUGUUUGUCGGAAUCGACGCCGCCGGAGAUUUGUUCUCAUUGAUAUCCGUCUUCUUCCAGCCCAAGCUGGACGUUUUGGGCAUGGUGAUAUAUGGAACAGAACUUGCAUUGUGGCUCGGGGUCUUUGCGUGUGGAGGCUACUAUAAUUUUCUUCCAUGGGCACGAAAGAAGUGGCUUUCCCAGCAUGGCUCACCAGGAGAAUCUGAAAAUGCCGAACCUGAAGAUGUGAAUACAGCGAGUGGGAGCAUUUAUCUGCAGGACCUGCCGUCGUCGACCUCUGUUUUCAGGACAGUAUCAGCAGCUUCUGAAGGCUUGCGUUCAAGAACUGUGGCACUGGGGGGCAUACAGUGA